AUGAAUAAUGUUGUGCCCUUUGUUAACUUUACUUUUUUUAUGUGUGACAGCUUUUCAGAGGAAGGAUGCCAUGUAAUUACAUCAAAAAGCAACUCAGAAGAAACAGUUUGUAGCUGCAAUCAUUUGACGCAUUUUGCCGUCUUAAUGGACUACGACAGUAGAACAAAUGUGAUAAGGUUAUUUUUGCCUCACUCAAUAAUUUUAUGGGCUCAAUAAACUUACUCAAUGUUGUCCUUUACUUUUUUCUAUUUUUGACACAGCUCACCGAGGAGGACGAAACAAUUCUGAAAAUUAUCACCAACGUGGGACUGAGCCUUUCCAUCGUCGGGAUACUUUUGACAUCAAUACUCUAUACUUGCCUCACGUAGGUAAUGUACCUGAAUUAUAAUAAGGUAGAUUUUUAACUCCCCUCAACAAGGCUGGUGAGAAAAGAGAUCUCAGUGCAAUUCUCUAUGCAAACAAGAACAUGUAUGUCGGAUAAUUCACAAAUUCCAGCCACAUUUCAUGCCCCAUCACGAACGUUUGAACAACUUACGGUUUCGCGGUUUUUGAAUUUUUUAAGGUUUUGUUAUCUUCUUCGUAAUAAUUUCCUUUUUUGACUCUUUCCUUUGCUGUCAAGAUUUAAUUAAUUUUUGCCAUAUUCUUAUGUGUUUUUUAAUUCAAUUUUGUUGUGUUUUGCUGUUCUUGCUGUCUUCAGUGUAGUUUCAGUGUGUUGAUGUUAUUGUUGAUGCUGCAUUUAUCUUGUCUCAUUCAUUCUUUUUGUUUUUACUAUUACUUCAUGUUUGUCAACCUCUCUCUCAAAUUCGGCUAAGUGUUUCUAUGUCCCUUGGAGCUGGACAGAUCAUCUUCCUCGCUGGAAUAAACGCCACAGGAAACAAAGUCAGUGGCUUCUCCUUCUAUCCAUAGAAUGAAAUUACUCUUUGCAUUGUGAAUACCUUGUCGAAAGGUGCACGUUAAGAAUUAUACGAAAACUCUUUCUUUCCACAGGCGGCCUGUGUUACAAUAGCAGCUCUGAUGCAGUCUUUCAUGAUGGCCGCUUUCUGUUGGAUGCUGAUCGAGGGAAUUUAUCUCUACCUCUUCGUUGUGAAAGUUUACAAUAUUAACACCAAGAUGUACAUGUAUCACGUCAUCUCAUGGGGUGAGUUUUUUAUUUUUUUUCAAACAUGUACUGCUUACUGUAACAAUGCUUUCGGAUCGCCAAAUUUGGUAUUUUCAUGCAGUAAAGUGUUAGAUUUCUUUCCUUUCUUCAUGGGUAGGUCUUCCAGUAAUCAUGGUGGCCAUUUCACUCGGCAUCGCUGCAGGGAAAGAAGGAUUACAAAGCUAUACGAGUGAUAAAUAGAAAGAAAAAAAAUUCAAUGGUUUUUUCUUGCUCUUCUCCUUUUAAUUCGUUGCAGUUAAUUGUUUGUUUGUUUUUGCAUAUAGUUUGAAAUCGGUAUCAUUUCAUUUUCUGAAAAUUUGUGUUUCUUUCUUGUGUUUCACUUCCUCGAGUUUAGUUGCUGGCUUUCCUCGACUAACAACCUGAUCUGGACAUUCGUCGCCUUUGUGGCUUUCAUUGAAGUGGUAAGUUUAUGAUUAGUGUUGGUGAUUGUGAUUGGUAUACCUGGACACUUGCUGCUAAAGAUUUUUUCUCUGCUCUUUAAAAAACGAAUUAAGUAUUUGUGAUAUGAACCCACACAAUAUUAAUAUUUCCCUUUUCCUAUUUACUCACAACAAACUUUGGACGUAGCUGCUGUUUGCGAGGAUGCUGUUCAAUUCUAACUUAGUGAUAGCCUUUAAUAGCGAGUAAAACCUGUCGACACAAUGUCUACACAGAAAAGAGAUAGCUUCAUAAACUCUCUAACUUUACUACAUACUACAUAGAAUGAGUAAAAUGAUUCUUCCCCUUCCUUGUUGAAGUUUUCUUACUGUUUCACAUUGAUAUACCAAGAUAUGUUCUUCGCGCAAAAUUAACUCUUAAAAAACAUUGAAUAAGAUGAAAGGAGUAGGAGGAGUAGGAGAUAUUAAAUUUAUGCAAUUUAACAUGAGGAUUCAGUUUGCAUAGUUCAGAAACUUCAGUUCGCAAUUGCUUUAUCUCAUUGUCAGAGAAUCGAAGCUCAUAAUCUAGGUCCCCUGGCUGGGAGUUCUAUUCCCUGUAAAUGACUCUUCAUCCCACGAUUGUUACCAAACUAGUAACUUCUCUGGCAAGGAUCCCCUCUUGCUUUGGCUAAUGGAUAACCAUAUCUUAUUAAUCAAUUUAUUUCUAUUGUAUUCUUCAGCUCAAUAUCUUGAUACUCGUACGAGUCAUGAAGGAGAUGACCAAUUUGUUGCAGCCAACAGGGAAAGACCACGAUUCUCAGAAAAUAUGGUAAGAUUCACAUAAAAAUAAAACAAAAUAGUGGAAGAGGUUGCCAUGUCCUCCUUUGAGGCUCUAUUGGCCUAACUUCCUCAUUCCUUAAUCAGUAAGGCCUUGUGAUAUCUAAAAAUGAAAAUUCAUUGUCACAGGAAAAUAAAGGAAUGUUUUCUAUUUUACUCCAAGA